AUCCUGUCGAGGCAGAUAGAAUAUUCAAAAUGCUUCUCUCAGCACUUGUUCUCGGUCUGUUCAGCCUGGUGAGUGGGCAGUUCCCACCAACACCAGAGGGCGUAACGACUUUGCAAUCAAAGUUCCAUCCUGGCGUCCGAGUCUCCUACAAAGAGCCAGGGCUUUGUGAAACCACUCCAGGCGUCAAAUCAUAUGCCGGGUACAUCCACCUGCCGCCAAAUGCUCUUAAUGAAACUCACGAACACAAUGCAUACCCUCUCAACAUAUUCUACUGGUUUUUCGAGUCUCGAAAAGACCCAGAAAAUGCACCUCUUGCCAUCUGGUUGAAUGGCGGGCCAGGCGGCAGCAGUCUCCUCGGUGCACUAUCGGAAAAUGGGCCCUGCUUUGUCGCCAAUGACUCCAAGACGACUUAUCUAAAUCCGUGGUCUUGGAAUAACGAGGCGAACUUACUAUUCAUCGACCAGCCUGUCCAGGUAGGAUACAGCUACGACGUGCCUACAAAUAUCACAUUCAAUCUUGCCGGCUCCGCAGAGGAAGGCGGUACCAUUAAUCCUGCCGACUUCACAGAUGGAGUCCCGGAACAGAACAACACUUUUCUGGUCGGGACCAUGUCAAGCCAGAAUGUCAAUCACACUGCCAAUAGCACGCAGCAUGCUGCCGUUGCGAUGUGGCAUUUCGCCCAGACAUUCUUCACCGAGUUCCCUCAUUUGAAGCCGAAAGACGAACGCAUAAGCCUCUUUACCGAGAGUUAUGGAGGUCAUUACGGGCCUGGCUUUAUGGAUUUCUUCCUCCAUCAAAACGAGAAGAUCAAGAAGGGAGAGAUAUCUGGAGAUGGCGCACAUUACCUUCACCUCAGCACCCUUGGCAUCAUCAAUGGCUGCAUUGAUGCCCCCGAUAUGAUGAGCUCAAACAUCGAGAUGUCCUUCAACAAUACAUAUGGUGUGCGUGCAAUCUCUCAAGACCAAUACGAGUGGGCCAUGAACGAGUUCUAUCGGACCGGUGGUGUCUUGGAUGACAUCAAAAAGUGCCGCGAGAUGGCGCUGAAGACUGAUCCUCACGACCAUGGCGAUGUGGCUAAGACCAACACAUUCUGCUCUCAGGCCGCGAACAGAGGUGAAAAUAUUAGCGAUAGCCUUUACGUCCGGGCUGGGAAAGGUGCUCGCUUUGACAUCACUCACGAGCCUAAAGAUCCCUUCCCGCCGCCAUUCAUGUUUGGAUGGCUAAAUCAACCGGAGACUCAAAAGGCAUUUGGUGUUCCAGUCAAUCACUCAUGGUACUCUCCCGCUGUUGCUGCCGCUUUUGAGAGCACAGGUGAUCUUGUUAAAGGCGGGCAACUGGAUCAGCUUACGUAUGUCCUUGAGCAUGGCGUCAACGUUGCACUCUUUCAUGGCGAUCGUGACGUGGCCUGCAAUUGGAUAGGAGGCGAACGAUAUUCGCUGAACAUUCCCUGGGCGCACCAAGCAGAAUUCAAACACGCUGGCUAUACACCUUUAGUCCUUGGCUCUCCAUAUACUCAAUCUGGCGGCCUAGUGAGACAGUAUGGCAACCUCAGCUUCACCCGAGUAUAUCAAGCGGGGCAUAUGGUGCCUUCCUAUCAGCCAGAGGCAGCAUAUUCUAUUUUCAUGCGUGCUCUCACCCAACGUGACAUUGCCACCGGGGAAGUGGACUUGAAAGAAUAUGCCGCGACGCAUCAAGCCCAAUAUUCGACAACUGGUCCUAGCGAUACUUGGUGGAUGAAGAGUGAUGUCCUCCCUCAGCCACCACAUCAAUGCUAUAUCCUCGAUGUUUCCAACCGAUGUUCUGAGGAGGAAAUCGAGUGGAUCAAGGACGGAAGCGCAAUCAUCAAAGACUGGAUCGUUGUUGGACGGGAAAAUGCCAGUGACUCUAUCGAUCAACAACGCCUCCAUUAUGCGCAACCUGAUGAGCAGAUCCCUUUGCUCCAUGACUGGUGAGACUGGUAUGGGAUGGAGUGAGGCAGGACUCCGAGACUGAGCUACUAUUGCUGUCAAUGGGGAACAGAGUUGAAGAUGUACCGUCCAUAACCUCGCGAUCUUCGCUCGUUGCUGACAACGCAUGCAAGAGCAAGACUAGCGCAAUUAUUUGCAUUUCUUCAAGCAAU